UUCAAUAAUGUAUGUGUAUGUGUGGAAAGGAGUAAGUUUGCGAGAUUUGUCCCCUUCCCCCCACUCCGUCAACGCGCAAGCGCUCGGGACCGUGUGGGAAUGGUCCGUCCAAACUGGGGGGUUGGACCGCUCCGAGCGAAACCGAGCAAAAGAGUUUUAAAUGUCCGCCAUGUUGUCCAUGGCGCACUGAGCCAACGGUAGGGAGCGGAGCGUCGGAAAAAAACAGUCCGAGAGAGAGCGACCAAGAUCCGGGCCUUCACCCGGCUCCGCUGGCGACGCCCUAAAUACAAGCUACCACCAUUCGAACCGUAGAAUAGAGACUAACCGCACAGAAACAUCAAUGAAAGCUCCACUCGGCACCGUUGUGAAUAUUAGGAGAUCGGAUAGAUUUAUAUUGCAGCUCGAAUUGUGAAAAAUGAGUAAAUUGUCGUUUCGGGCACGGGCGCUGGACGCUUCCAAGCCACUACCCGUCUUCCGUUGUGAGGAUUUACCCGACCUACACGAAUAUGCAUCAAUUAACCGGGCUGUGCCGCAGAUGCCUACGGGGAUGGAGAAAGAAGAGGAAUCGGAACACCAUCUCCAGCGAGCCAUCUCUGCACAGCAGGUUUAUGGCGAGAAGCGGGACAACAUGGUUAUCCCAGUCCCCGAGGCAGAGAGCAACAUCACAUACUACGACUCCAUCUACCCCGGGGACUACAAGAUGCCAAAGCAGCUAAUUCACAUACAGCCUUUCAGCUUGGACACAGAGCAGCCAGACUAUGACCUGGACUUGGAGGACGAGGUCUUUGUCAACAAGCUGAAGAAGAAAAUGGACAUCAGCUACCUGCAGUUUGAGGAGAUGAUCGACCGGCUGGAGAAAGGCAGUGGACAGCAGCUGGUGAGUCUUCCUGAAGCCAAACUUCUGCUGAAGGAGGACGACGAGCUCAUCAAGGAAGUCUUUGACUACUGGAGCCGCAAGAGGAAAAACAGCAAAGCCAACUCGCUGAUCCCCACCGUCAAGCAGGAGAAGCGGGACGGCUCCAGCACCAACGACCCCUAUGUGGCCUUUCGACGGCGCACUGAGAAGAUGCAGACCAGGAAGAACCGGAAGAACGAUGAGGCGUCCUACGAGAAGAUGCUGAAACUUCGCAGAGACCUGAGCCGAGCUGUAACCAUCCUCGAAAUGAUCAAGAGGAGGGAGAAGAGCAAGAGAGAGCUGCUGCACCUCACACUGGAGAUUUUUGAGAAGAGAAAUGUCAUGUCAGACUACGGCGGUGAGGUGAUGGCGGAGGUUCUGGCUGAGCGGGCGCUGGUGAGGCCUCAGAUUAUUCCCUUGGUUCCCCUCACCAACCAGUACCGACACCAGGACCACAUGGACCUCAAGGAUUACAAGUCUAAGCCUGAGAAGAUGGAGAUUCCUCGGCAGAAAAGGAAGUACGAGAAGAAACAGAAAGUUCUGCCACUUUCUUCAGGCUCCUCUCACCAUUCAGGUCCCAUUGUCUUCAACGCCAAGGACCUAAACCAGUACGACUUCCCCAGCUCGGACGACGAACCUUUCUCUCAGCUGCACUCAGGCUCCUCAGAAGCAGAGGAAGAGAACGACCCCGAUGGCGCCUACGCUUUCCGCAGGAAGGCGGGCUGCCAGUACUACGCUGCUCGUCAGGAUCAGGCGGGUGGCUGGCCGUGGUCUGGUCCUUGGGAGGGCGGUUUGGCGGAGGAUCGGUUUCGCUACAGCCUCACUACGCUCACCGUCCCACGCCGCUGUCUGGGCAUGGCUCGACGCCGCGUGGGCCGAGGUGGCAGGGUCUUAUUAGACCGAGCGUACACAGACUACGACAACGUUUUCCAUGGACUGGAUCCGGAAAUGCUCGACCUGCCUCCUCCCGCUUCUCCUCCUGCUUCAGCCACAUCGCUCUCACCGGCCACUGACAAGUUUGCCAGUACCUCAGAAACGAAUACCUCAGUCAGAAGCUCCUCCUCCUCCUUCAAAGACCCCAUUUCCUCCUCCUCCUCCUUGGACCUCAGUCAGAUACUUUUGAAUAUAAAGUCAUGCCGCUGGAGGCACUUUAGACCACGGACACUACCACUACACGAGCUGGACGAGGCCCACCCUCUGUUCAGAAGGUUGAGCCGAGUCCUGAAGCGCCCACGCUCUGUCUCUGUCGGGGGGCGGCCCUUCGGAUCCCAACGCCCCGUCAGGGUCAUCCCUCCUCCAACGGCCACUGCUGCUUUCACAGCGGAGCAGUACCAGCAGCAUCAAGAGGAGCUGGCCCUGAUGCACAAGCAGCAGCUGGAGCAGGCCCAGCUGCAGCAGCACGCCAACAGCACUGCCAACAGCACAAAGAGCCUGGUGAACAUGCUGGACCAGGCCAGUGCUCAGUUUGCCGCUUCAGCUGUCGUCACCGCCGAACAACUCCUAGCUCUGAAAACAAAAGAUGAUCUGGGCCUAGGAGGCGGAGUUAAUGGCGUCAUCCCCCCCUCAGGUGUCUACAAGGGCUUGCACCUAUCGAGCACAACGUCCCCGUCCACCGCCACCCCGGCUGCUCCAACCACUACUCUGACAUCCACCUUGCUCCACCCCUCCACCACCAGCUCGGCCGCCAGGAACAACAACGGCACCGCCCACCCUGCCAACACUACCACUAACGCCGCCGCCGCCACUCAGGUCCUGCUGGGAAACAACAGCCUUCGUCUGGGCGUUCCCGCCGGCAAGCGCAUCCACGCCCCCCGGACGCUGGGCACCACCAUGUCCACAUCCGCCUUAAAGCUCGCCCACGCGGCGACCGCCAACUGUCAGAAGCCUAAGGUGGCCACGGCCUCGGCCUCUCCGCUGGACAUGGUGCCCAGGGAGACUCGCGAACAAGACAAGCCAGCGCUGAACAGUCUGUCCGAGAACACAGUGGCCAUGGAGGUCACGUAGCCCCUGGCUCGCCGCCGCGCCACACAACCGGACUCUUUCUUUUUUUUUUUUUUUAAUUUGCAUUCUUUUCUCGUUUGUGUUUUAUUUUUUGAGGGGGUGCUAUGCAUCAUUUAAUUGUGAAUGCAAGUGGUGGAUGAAUGAGCACAGCAAGGAUGGGUUUCCAUGGCAACUGUUCUGGGACUUAAUUGCAAUGCUCGUCUCGUACAAUUUUUCUCUGACCCCCCCCUUCCUCCCUGUUUGUUACUGUUAAUAAGAGAUCGUCUGUAAAUUCUUAAUAUGGCAAUUAUAUGUACAGUACUGCAUAUUUGUAAUACGCCCCGCCCCCUUUUCUUGUAUAUAACAUUACUUGAAAACAGAAUUGUUCAUUUGUGAUGUUUUGCACUCAACUUAAAAAAAAAAAAGAAACAAUUCAAGAGAAAACAAAUUGCAACUGAAGCGAGUCUGAGGAUCGGAGGUUGUACCACAAAAUGAAAAAACAAAAAAA